AUGUCGACCGAAUUCUUUUGCUGCUCAGAUAUUCAUCCUCCCUACGAAGGAUUAGGUUAUGAGGUCCAUAAGCUCAAUGAGUUUAUCAAAUGGGCAAAGACUACCCUCCCAGGCCCCUACGAGACCAAUCCCCGCGAACCAGCAUUCAUCAUCGAGCUACAGCAGCGCAAUUCGAGCUCAAUACUUCCCCCUCGAUAUUUCAUCCCAAUCGAGCACCACUUCAGACACGACAGGUUUCAGGAAAUACGCAAAGCUUCUGUGGAAGAAAAAUUCCAGCUUGUAGCUUCGUGA